GAUGAGAAACAUAUGAGUGCUAACAAAGCGUGUUCAGCAGUAGUUAAGAAUUCAGUGAAGCUGGGAUCAGUGUGAGGUCUUUAUUUCACACAUAGCUCCUCACACUGACAGCAUUUUCUCAUGUCUGUUCAAGGAUUUUAAUCUUUGAAGAACAACUCCUUUUUUUCCUCUUGAGAUUUUGUGCAAUAACUUAGGAUCUGCAGUUUUGACAACUUGAAUUCAUGUCACCCCUAGAGGCUUUCUGGAGCUGAAGAAGGAUCACGCACAUUUCUAAGGUGUUACCAGUGUAGAAACCCAGACGUAACUUCCACAAUGAGAGUCCUUUUGCUCUUCACCCUAUUGCUGCUGUGUCAUGCAAAACCAUACAAGCCAAUCAAGAUCAUGGAGCUGAUGAAGAUCCAUGAGAUCAUGCAACAGGAUGACAGGGAUGAUGGUGAUGAUGAUGAUGAUGAUGAAGACGACGAUUUUGACGAUUUUGAAGCCAAUUUUAUAUCAGACUGCCCCUUUGGCUGCACGUGCUCCAGAAGAGUAGUUCAGUGUUCAGAUCUAGGUUUGACAUCAGUUCCACGUGAUAUUCCAGCAGACACAUUAAUGAUUGAUCUCCAAAACAAUGAUAUCACUGAAAUUAAGGAGAAUGAUUUCAAAGGACUGACUAAUCUAUACGCCCUGUUUCUUGUCAAUAACCGGAUAUCAAAGAUUCAUCCGAAAGCUUUCCAAAACAUGGAGAAACUCCAGCUUCUCUACUUGUCAUAUAACCUUCUGACACAAAUACCUGAAAAUCUGCCAAGGAACAUUCUGGAGCUGAGGAUCCAUGACAACAAGAUAAGCAGAAUUCAAAAGGAGGCUUUCAAAGGCAUGCAGUCACUACAUGUUCUAGAAAUAAGUGCAAAUCCAAUUGCCAACAGUGGGAUUGAGCUUGGAGCUUUUGAUGACAUGGCAACCCUUUACUUGAGAAUUGCAGAGGCAAAGCUCACAGCAGUGCCAAAAGAUCUUCCCUCUUCUCUCACUGAACUUCAUCUGGAUUAUAAUAAAAUUGGUAAAGUUGAAGUAGAAGACUUUAUCCGAUACAAAAAUCUACUGAGGCUGGGGCUGGGUUUCAAUCAGAUCAAGUUUGUGGAGAACGGGACCUUAGCAAGUAUUCCCAAAAUCAGAGAAAUCCAUUUGGACAACAACAAACUGAAGAAAGUCCCACCAGGUCUGAACACACUUAAGUAUUUACGGGUGGUGUACCUCCAUGCUAACAGCAUUACCCAUGUGGGAGUGAAUGAAUUUUGUCCAACUAAAACCAAGGCCAAGAAGACUCUCUACACAGGAAUCAGCCUUUUUGCCAAUCCAGUGAAGUACUGGGAGAUUCAACCACCCACUUUCCGCUGUGUUUCUGGCCACAGAGCUGUGCAACUGGCCAAUUUCAGAAGAAAGUGAGCAUUUCUGACUGUGUCAGAAUAUCCUUCCUCUGGAGGGCAGCAUUUCAACCUAUUUCUAAUAAUGUCCUAGCUUCUUAUUAUAUAGGGAUCCUAUUCCCUCAGUCUGCCAGGCUGCACUGCACACCCAGUGCAUCAUAUCUGCUGUUGAACUGGCAGUUUACUUGAACAAAUGUAUUGUGAAGACAGUGAGAAAAUAUAUAACAAGAUAUCCAGCAGGGAUUUGUGCUGGCAUCAAAUGGUUAGAAUAGACAAUAGAGUAGCCACAUUGGGUGUAAGCAUUGCAUAUGUUUUGAAAAUUACUGUUUAUGUUCACUGAGAUUCACUGCAUUUUCAAACAGUAUCUCUUACACAACACAGAUGUUGCCGACUAAUUUCAUAACAUCAGAGGAAUUACAAUAUCUUAUCAAGUGUACGUUGUGAAACCUGAAAUCAGACCUUCUAAAAUAAAUCAUACCUGGUUGGUU